AACGAUCCCCCCCCCCUUCCUCCGGCCCGGUCAUCAGGUGGACUCACCGUCGAGACAUGCUCCAUUUUUUAAAGGCGCUGAGAGUAAUGACAAGCACCAUGAAGCUCAGAUUAGCAACAUCGAUAAUACGGGUAAUUGACAUCCCAUCUGCAUUAUCAUGCACGAGGAGGUUCAGCUGGCUCGCCACAUCUAGAUAGAUGCGAUUUGCAAGUGCUGAGGAUAAUGCUUCGCGAAAGAACCAAGGACAGAGAACAAGCCAAGCGAAGCACAGCAAAGAAGAGAGUGCACGGGCGCGAUGUGGGUUUGUCUUCGUUGACAAGCGCGAUGCGAAAUUGCGAGAAAUAAUGGUCGGAUCGCAGGUGAGGGGGGAGGGAAAAUGGGGGGGGGGGGGGUGUGUAGAGGACAGCGAAGGAAGGGAACAGCGAAAGGAAUGUGAUCGAGGGCCGGAGAGGGAGAGACGACGGGGAACAGAAUUACAAAAUGUAGAAGAAAAAGAAGAAAAGACUACUACGACGGCGACUGCAGCUUGGACAGAGCGUCGCAGACGAAGAGAAGACUGGCUGGCUGCUGCGAGUUCGCUAUGCAGAGCAAGCAGCCGAAAGACAACAAUAAACAACAAUAAUAACAAAAAUAAGAGGACGAGGUCAUCGAUCAACCCAGGCCAGCCAGCGAGAGAGCGAGGAGAGCGAGCGAGUGGGACGCGGCGGCCACUUUCGUUCCCUCCCACGGGCGACGUUCGUCUGGUUCGAGUCGGAACUAAACCAGACUAAAAACUAACUGGAGAGGAAUGAAUGGGUCACGCUAGGAGGGUGGGAUCCCCCAGCACACCACCGCAAGGUGCAGAGGUCCUGAAGGGCACUUGACGGAUGUAAGGUGUGAGAGAGGGAGGCACUCAAGGGGCAGUACCUUCGAUUACGCUUCGAUCUAUAAGGGAGGUCUUCUACAGAAGUCCCUUCGUUGUUCUUGCUUCUAGUUUCUACCGCGCCGACGGAGGACGUA